AUGACCACAAUGUCGAACAUCAGCCCACGCAAGCGCAAACUGUGCGACUUCUCGGAGGAGACCGUGAUCAUCUUGGUGGGACCGAGUGUCAAGAGCUACACUGUGCAUCCAACAAUCUUGACCAACCACUCUCGCUUCUUCCGGGCAAUUUUCAGCAACCAUACAUUCAGAGAGUCAUAUGAGAAAGUCGCCCGCUUGCCUGAGGUCGAUGUCGGCAUCUUCCAAAUCUACAUAACUUAUGUCUACAGCGGCAACAUCGUCCUAUCCAAGCAUGAGGGCGGGGAAGAGUACGGCAAGGACAACGACCCGGAUGGUGUCAUGCGCUUUCAGAUUCUGGUGCAGCUGUAUUCCCUCGCCAACUAUCUUCACGAUGGUAAUCUGAAGAACAGCAUUAUCGACUACCUGAUGGGUCUCAACGAGCUCCUGGACAGCGGCGCAACAGCGGCAGCAAUCACACUGGCCUUCGAGACGAACGCACAAGAGAGCAGCGCCUUGUGUCGGUUGCUGGUCGACACUUACCUCUUCUCCUGCUACCCCAAGUUUCUCAAAGAUUCCUGGAACGACCUGCCAUCGGCCUUCAUCGGCAGUCUGACCUUUGGCUGGGCUCAAGCUUCCUGGGACAAGUCCACGGUAUACGCGCACCCCUCGGCGGCCGCUCGUUGCAAGUACCACGAGCAUGACGAAGAUGUUCCUGUGGAUGAGAGCGGUACUUGUGGGAUCGGGCCCAUCAAGACCACGCCCAAGAAGGGGGCCAAGAGCGGAGUGAUCAGACGGUGA